GCUAACGAUAACAGGUACAACAUUCCCUAAUUAAAUCGCUCUACUUGUUACCUCAUAAGUAAUUAUGAUUCAAUUUAAAAUAAAAACGUAAACAAAAACCAACUUAGUAGUAGAGCUUCAAUAGAAGGAAAGUAAAAAAAAAUGAAUACAAAGGAAACUUGUUCGCCUACAUUCAAAUGAAAGUAAAAGUGCAGUUGCACCAAAGUUAGCGGGCAAGUUCACUUUUAGACUAAUUAUAAUGUAGAUUAACCCAAGAACACAUCGAUAUUACAUAGAGAGCGUGAGCGUUCGGUUUAAGUGCGGGAAAAAUGUCAACGGUCACAGAUAGAAAAAUUAAAGAUGUGCGCGAUAUUUGGGGAAGCAAAGAAGAUAAGGAGAAUCCCAGGCCGUCAGUCGACAAUUUGUGUCAAGAUCAUAGCAGUAAGCACAAGUACAAAACUUUAGAGAGGCAUCUCAGUAUGAAGAAGACAAUUCGAAGGAAAAUGAUGAGAGAUCUUCGGGAAAUAGGGGAUUCCUCGAAUGAUAAUGACAAUAAUCAAUCCGAUCAGGGUUUCCUGGAGCAGAUAAAAGCCGAUCAGCCACCACCUGCCAAUAUCGACAAGCCCAGCUUCUGGAAGCGACUAACAAAGGGAUGGGGACAUUCUUAAUUUGGAUCUCGUGUGUCAGGUGAAGUGGGUUUUCGUUAGCUUUAAUUAGCAGUAAGCGCGUUCUGUUCCUAAUUUUGCCAUAUUCUUGUGACCAAUGUAAAAAUAUAAGGCAAUCAAAAAUUCGUUACCAUUAAAUCUCAUACCUACUUGCCUACCUGCCUGUUACAAUCUUGUGAUAAAGCGAUGUAUAUAUUCUAAGUUCCUUAUUGGUAGGUUUCAUGCUCUAUGUUGUGCUUAUGUUUCAUUUUAUAAUAUAUAAACCUAUAAUAGUGUUAUCAAGCAAGAAUUUUAUAUAGUUGUUGCUGUUUCAUUUUUCAGAAUUGUUUCUUCUGUUUUCAAAGAUUAGUUUAAGUCGUUUUUUAACAUAAUAAAGAUUAUCUUUGUAAUUUCUGUUUUACAUAUAACAUUACCACAGUUUUGUAAAGAGUUUGUGGAAUUGUUUUAUGUUGGGUUUUACCCAAGUAGCACAAGAAUUACAUUGUCCAGUUGCUAGGGUCGCUAUACCUUCAGAUACACUGUGCUCUUGAACUGACAUUGAACAACGUAUUAGGGAUCACAUAUAUCCUUCCACCGAUUCAAGUCUUACUCACUAAGUACUUAUAAAAAACCUUACAUGUAAACUUAUAAAAACCAAAAAACAAGAUAUUUUCGUUUGUUUAUAAUGAAGGCCCUAACAUGUUUGAAACCUUUGA